CGCAUUUUAGAGAAAAAAUGUUUUUGUUUUAUACAAAUGUAAAAUAAUAGUUUUCUUUUAUUUAAUAAAUGCAAAUUCUAAUAAUAUCAAGUGAAAAAAUUAUUAUUUAAGGAAUUAUUAAAAAAUUCAAUAAUAUAAAAAUGCAAUAAAUUUGUUAUAAAAAAAAACGAAACUUUCAUCUUUGAAGCAUACAUAAAAUAUAAUUUAAUUAUUUUCUUUUAUAUAUUAUUAUGUUCUUUUAUCACAUGUCUACUUUGUUUUAAGUCCCGGUAUAAUGUCAAUACACGAAGAUCUAUAUCUUAAUAAAUCGGGCACAACAAAAAAAAGUGUUUAUCAGCAACAAGCUACAGGUGAGAAACAUGUACUUUUUUACCCGACGUCUCCUAAUCCAUCAGUGGCCUCCGCAGAUAGAAAAAAUUGGUGUCAGGCGAGCUCAUCAUUAAAUAAUAUAGCCGCCUCCAAUUUGCAAAUAACAAACAACAACUCGGAACAGUCACUUAGGAUGAAAAAAAAUGAAUCCGAUCAUACCAUGAUACGGACUAAGCCAGAAGAUCCCCCAACUGCCAGUUUGGGAAGAGGUCAUCAAGGUUUUAGGGUGGGCAUUUAUGGAUGGAGAAAAAAGUGUCUCUACGCCCUUAUUUUAGUGCUUUUAUUUAUGGUCAUAGUCAAUUUAGCUUUAACUCUGUGGGUGUUAAAAGUCAUGGAUUUUUCCGCGGACGGAAUGGGUCAAUUAGAAAUAGUUCAAGGCGGACUAAGACUGAAAGGCAACGCUUAUGUACUAGAAAACUUAAUAGCUAGUCAAAUUAGAUCUAGAACAGGAGAACCCUUAUUCAUAGAAUCUAGUAGAAAUAUUACCUUAAGGUCUAGAGAUAACCGAGGACAUCCUAGCAGUUGGAUACAUCUAGGCUUGGACAACUUCGAAUGCCUGUCCGGCCACUUCCAAAUUCUAGAUGACCGAGGGUAUCCCCUAUUCUCAGCCGAUAAAAACGAAGUCGUAGUAGGCGCAGAGAGUCUGCGGGUCACAGGGGAGGGAGGCACAAAAUUUAGCGGUGGUAUCCAAACGAGACUUGUGCGUGCAGAAAGUGGUCACGAUUUGAGGCUCGAAUCACCAACGCGAAGCCUUCAGAUUGAAGCACCAAAAGAGCUGAAGCUCGAAUCCAAAGGUGGAGCAAUCAACACUUUUGCCCAAAACGACAUAACUUUCCAAAGCGAGGUCGGGGCAAUUCGGUUGCAGGCUUCGUCAAUUAUCGUGCCGCAAAUUCCCACCGCAAAAGUGACGGAUCGACCAACGAGCACUCGGCAUUUUGACGUUUUCCAGCUGUGCGCCUGCGAAAGUGGCAGACUGUUCCUGGCCGAUCCCCAUAUAGUGUGUGCUAGUGAAAGUGACGAUGGCCUAUGCCGAUAAUGUAAUAAUUAAGUAAAUAUUAGGCAGUAUGUUUUUUUAGUAAAAAAAAAUUUCGUUGCAUUGGUUAAUGUGCUUCACAUUUUUAGAAUAAUGUAUAGAACAAAGGCAAUUAAAAAAAAUUAUUAGUAAUUUA